CUGAGCCCGGUGACGUCAGUGUGGCAGUGCGGAGUCAGGCGCGGCGGCUCCCUAUAAGCCGAGGAGCUGUCCGGGUGCUGAAACCGUCCGACCAGCUCACGCCGCGGACCAGGAGGAACAUGCUGUGGACCUUCUCUGCCAUAUAAAAAAAGAGGGAAUCUUUCAAACAUGGCAGAAACUAAGACUCACUGGCUUGGAGCAGCCCUGUCUCUCAUCCCUUUAAUUUUCCUCCUCUCUGUGGCCGAAGCAGCUUCAUUUCAGAGAAACCAGCUGCUUCAGAAGGAACCAGAUCUCAGAUUAGAAAAUGUCCAAAAGUUUCCCAGUCCUGAAAUGAUCAGGGCUUUGGAGUACAUAGAAAAGCUCCGACAACAAGCUCACAAAGAAGAAAGCAACCCAGACUACAAUUCCUACCAAGGUGUCUCUGUUCCCCUUCAGCAAAAAGAAAAUGGUGAUGAAAGUCACUUGCCAGAAAUUUCAAGGGAUUCCCUGAGUGAAGAUGAGUGGAUGAAGAUAAUACUUGAAGCUUUGAGACAGGCUGAAAAUGAGCCCCAGUCUGUACCAAAAGAAAAUAAACCCUAUGCCUUGAAUGCAGAGAAGAACUUUCCAGUGGAUGUGCCUGAUGAUUACGAGACUCAACAGUGGCCAGAGAGAAAGCUCAAGCACAUGCGAUUCACUCCAAUGUAUGAAGAGAAUUCCAGGGACAACCCCUUUAAGCGCACAAAUGAAAUAGUGGAGGAACAAUAUACUCCUCAAAGUCUCGCUACUUUGGAAUCUGUCUUCCAAGAGCUUGGGAAGCUGACGGGACCAAACAACCAGAAGCGUGAGAGAGUUGAUGAGGAGCAAAAACUUUACGCAGACGAUGAAGAUGAUAUCUACAAGGCCAAUAACAUUGCCUAUGAAGAUGUGGUUGGGGGAGAAGAUUGGAACCCAGUAGAAGAAAAAAUAGAGAGUCAAACCCAGGAAGAGGUAAGAGACAGCAAAGAGAAUGUAGAAAAAAGUGAACAAAUCAAUGACGAAAUGAAGCGUUCAGGGCAGUUGGGUCUCCAGGAUGACGAUCUUCGAAAAGACAGUAAAGACCAACCCUCAGAUGAUGUCUCCAAAGUAAUUGCCUAUCUGAAAAGGUUAGUGAAUGCUGCAGGCAGUGGGAGGUCACAGAAUGGGCAAAGCGGAGAAAGAGCAGCCAGGCUUUUUGAGAAGCCACUUGAUGCUCAGUCUAUUUAUCAGCUGAUUGAAAUCUCAAGGAAUUUACAGAUACCCCCUGAAGACUUAAUUGACAUGCUCAAAACUGGAGAGAAGCCAAAUGGAUCAGCAGAACCAGAGCAGGAUCUUGAAAUUCCUGCUGACCUAGAUGACAUCUCUGACAUUGACUUAGACCAUCCAGAUCUGUUCCAAAAUAAGAUCCUCUCCAAGAAUGGCUACCCCAAAACACCUGGUCGUGGUGGGACAGAGUCCUUACCAGAUGGGCUCAGUGUUGAGGACAUUUUAAAUGUUUUAGGGAUGGAAAAUGCAGCAAAUCAAAAGCCUCCAUACUUUCCCAAUCAGUACAACCGAGAGAAGGUUCUGCCAAGACUCCCCUAUGGUCCUGGAAGAUCUAGAGCCAGCCAACUUCCCAAAGCUGUCUGGAUGCCAGAUGUUGAAAACAGGCAAAUGACAUAUGAAAACCUGAAUGACAAGGAUCAGGAAUUAGGAGAGUACUUGGCCAGGAUGCUAGUUAAAUACCCUGAGAUCAUGAAUUCAAACCAAGUGAAGCGAGUUCCCAGCCAAGGCUCAUCAGAGGAUGACUUACAGGAAGAGAACCAAAUCGAGCAGGUCAUCAAAGAGCAUUUGAAUCAACAUGGGUCUCAGGAGACUGACAAACUGGCCUCAGUAAGCAAAAGGUUCCCUGUGGGGCCCCCGAAGAGUGAUGAUUCUCCAAACAGACAGUACUUGGAUGAAGAUCUGUUAAUGAAAGUGCUGGAAUACCUCAACCAAGAAAAGGCAGAAAAGGGAAGGGAGCACAUUGCUAAGAGAGCCAUGGAAAACAUGUAAGCAGCGUUCGCUAACUGCCCUGCUUUCACUCCUCCCACCCAAGCAAACCCUAACAUUUCUCUUUAGUGUGCUGACCUCUAUCUUGUUAACACUGUAAUACCUUUAAAUGAUGCACAGGCAGAUGAUUCCAUUUCACUGGGGUGUCUGCUUCACUUACUCUGAGCUCUUCUCUUGUGUACGGAUAUGUGUAAAUGUUAUGACUCCUGAAUAAAAAUAUAAUCAUAUCUCUUAUUUAAGAAAGAUAUCUAUGAUAGUGUUUGAUAGUGUUUAAUAACGUGUCCAAUGGCUGUGGCAUUGCUGAUGCUCACAUACGAUAAAGAGUGUCCUAUAAUUCUCUUGAAAGUUUUUAAUAUUUAUUGAAUUAUUUUGUUACUGUCUGUAGUGUUUUGUGGAGUACUGGAGCAAAAAAAAAUAAAGCAUUAUAAAUAUAUAGUUUUAUUUACAAGGCCUUUUCUAUUGUGUGUUUUAUUGUUGAUUAAUAAAUGUUAUUUCUGGACAA